AUGUCCGACAACCGUGCUGCUCCUCGUGAGCUUCUACCUCUUCCUAUACCGCCUUCAUGGUCUUCGCCGUCCUGGCCGAGGCACCGCUGCAGGAGGCUGCAGCAGCGCUUCGACCGCAGGAAGGCAGUUUUGAGUCGCGCCGUCGACUCCGUCAAGGCGCUUAAUUGGUUGCAUGGUGGGCGCCAGCCUCCAAGUUUUUCGAGUCCGACCAUGUCGCAGGCUACGGCUCUUCACCACCUUCUGGACGUACAUCGGACUGACGUCCCGGAGAUCGUUAAUGCCGAGGCAGCCCGCGUGGAGUUGCUCGGCGCAGGUCAGGAUUACGCUGGUGGCCCUGAACUUCCCAUCGCGAGUUACGACAAGGAUCUGCUCUCCAUGCCCCAGCUUGGGGCGGAGCCCGUCGACCUGUCCACGGUGCUGGAGGGCAGGGCCAGAGAAUGUCUCGUCAACUUCGAAGAGGAGAUCUUGCACGGUCCCGACGAUUGGGGCCAUACUACUGAGUGUGAGGAGCAUGUUAGACCGUAUAUGGAUCCAGUGCUUAAGUCCGACGCUGACGCUUACUUCGACUUCUCUGCUACAACGUCCCUGGCGCAUCGUUUCUCGGGCUCCGAGGGCGACAGCUUCCUGGUAUCAUGUAAGCCUCCUCCUGGUCUCGAUCGGCCCGCUUACAACGUCUACAUAGACAACAUUAGCAUCUUCGGCCAAGGUAAGUCACAGACCGAUAGGAUCGCCAACCAGGUUUUCGACGGGGUCGAGAGUGUGGGCUUUAGAGUCCACGAGCGCACGUCUGCCAGCAAGUGGACUCUUACGCUCGGCCUUGAGAUCGACUUCCUGUAUAGCACGGUCCAAGGAAAAAGGCAAAAGAGGUGGAAGUUGAAGGCAGUUUUGGAUUGGUUGGCAGGUGCUCCGUAUGUGUCAGGUAAGGAGAUUGAGAGACUCCUGGGCCAUACCACCUUCCACUUCGGUCCUAAUCGGCUCUUCCUGUCCAUCUUUAACAGUGCCUAUGACUUUAUUCGUUCGAGUUACACCUCUCGAGUGCGUCUCUGGCCCUCGGCGGCUAGGGAGUGCUGGGCCGCUGGGUGUCUUAUCUCGUUCGCGUUCGCUGAUCUGGGAAGGGACUUCGACCCGCUCGUGAGCUGUUUCGACGCUAGUACGUGUGGGGCAGGGGUUGUCACGGCGCCUUGGGGCUCGGCUCAGGUUCGUUCAGAAUGCGAAUGGGAGGAGAGAUGGCGUUUCAAGUGGGAUGUGUACGAUCGAGUUGCGCCCAGGGACAACAACUUCUUAUCGCUGGACUGGGGGGACAUCGAAAGCGUCAAGCCUUGUCGUGACAGGUCGUCGCUCUGGUCGCUGGACAAGUCGUUCAGAGAGGUCCCGAAAGAGAACCUCGUGGGCCCCACGUGGACCAAGGUCGUUCGGAGUUUUUGGAAGGACGAGGAGCCGAUAUUCUGUCUGGAGGCUCGCGCGGGUCUGCUGGCGGUGCGUCACAAGUUACGGGCGGUCUCCAGUUUCGGUAAGACUCAUCUACACCUUGGGGACUCCAUGACCGCCAUCCUGGCUUUCGAGAAGGGUCGGGCUAAACAUCGAGGUCUUCUGGGUGCUUGCCGUCGCCUUUUGGCUCUGAGCGUGGCCUCCAACACCAGGCACCAUUUCAGGUGGGUGCCGUCGGAGCUGAACCCGAGUGAUCCUGAUUCACGCUACCUCGAGCUUCCAGUUGACAGUGAUGGCCGACGGUUGCUUCGUCGCUCCACGUCUCGGGCCUGGGCGGUACAGGCUGAUGGCAAGGGGAGCUGGCGGGCCGUCGAUCCAGGCGACAGUGCCUUCGCCGACGGCGGGCGUGGCCAUCAUGAGCCGCCUGGUGCUUUCGGCGGGCCCGACUGCCUUGACUGGGCCGCGCCCUCGGCGCCGCCCAAGGCGGACCCGCUGGACACGGUGCUGGCCGAGAAGACACGUCGGUCGGCUCGACGCCUGGUGCUCAAGCGUCAGAGGGCGUUGAAGCGGGUUCGUGCCAUAGGGGGCGUGGUUCCAGCCCUGAGGGCUCUGAAGGGCGAGCGCACAGUGCUGGACAGCUCUCACCCGUCGACUCCCGUCAGGAAGGACUACUGUCGGCGGCUCGACAAGUUCUGGGAGUUCGGGCGAAGCCAAGGUCUCUCCUUGGCCAACCUGAAAGUUUGCGACGACGCGCUGCGCGACUUUGCCGACCUGCAGUUCCUGGACGGCGAACAGGUCGACGCGGGGACCAAGCUCCUGGCCGCCUUGGAGGACCACGACGCGCAGCGGUUCGGCAAGCCCAGCCUUCCUCGGUUUCGACGAGUUCUUCGAGCUUGGCAUCGGAAGGGGCCUGUGGGCAGCAGGGACCCUCUACCGUUCCGCCUCUUGGCGGGCAUCUUGGGUGUCCUGUCGCUCCACGGCUUCCACGAGGAGGUGCUGGCGCUGGCCCUCAUGUUCUGCUGCUACCUGCGCCCGUCCGAGCUCCUGACGGUGGUCGAAGGCGACCUCCUGGAGCCGGUGGCCAACGCGGGCGUGGCCCUCGCGUGCUGGAGUCUGCUCCUGCGGCCGUUCGAGAGGGAGGAGCCGACCAAGGUCGGCCAGUUCGACGACACGCUCCCGCUCGACAGCCCCGACUUCCCCGGCUUAGGGGCCCUCCUUGCUGGCUUGCGCGGAGGGGAUGCGGAGGUCUGGCUCUUCAGUUUCAGCCAGACGCAGCUGCUGCGCCGCUUUCAGGCGGCUUGUCGUGCGGCGGGCCUGGGCUCGCUGAACCUCGAAAUGCACCAGCUGCGCCACGGGGGAGCGUCGAGGGAUUUCCUGAUGAAGACGAGGGAGAUUCAGGCGGUCAAGCAGCGAGGACGCUGGGCGAACGAUCGCACCUUGCUCCGCUACAUGAAGGCGGGCAGGGCGCAGAGGCUUCACAAGGCUCUGACGCCCGAGGCCAGCCGCUGGUGCCAGGAGGCGGAGGCCAACCUCUCGCUCGUCCUUCGCGGCGCGAGCCCGCCGCGGUCUCUCGGCGGCGGGUUUGUGAUCGAGGUCUUCUCGGGCAGCGGGCGGCUGGCCAAAUCCUUCGCGGAGCUUGGCGUCCCAGCGCUGACCUGGGACAUCGAGCACGGCCCCGCUGGCGACCUGCUGGACAACGACGUGCUGCGCUGUGUGCUGUCGCACAUUGAGCGCGCGUCCCGGCGAUGCGCGGCCUCGUCGUUCGAGCACCACUGCGCCGUCUACGCCCCGGGCAGCCCCGCGGGCGGCGAGACGGGCUGGGUGCUGGUGAAGGUCCCCAAGAGCGCCGACGGCGCGACCCUGCGCGACGUCGCCGCCAAGGCCCUCGGUCUCGGCGCCGCGGAGGCGGAGGCCCUGCAGCUGCUGCCCGUGGUGCGCCCCGCGCGGGGCCCGGCCGCGCUGGGCCGCGACGUGCUCGGGCCCGGCGGCGCCGGGGCCGGCGCCUUCGAGGCGCUGCUCCUGGCCCGGGCCCCGGAGCUGCUGCAGGUGGUGGAGCUGGUGGCCGCCACCGGCGGCGCCCCCUCCUCCGCGCCGCCGCCGCCGCCCUGCUUCCCGCAGCCGGGGGCGGCGUACCCGCUCGUGGGGCACCUGCUGCUUCUCUCCGGCCCGCAGCUGCCGACCUACAACCUCACCGCCAAGGUCUUCCCCCCGGGCUCGCCCGCGUACCCGUACGGCGCCACCGUGAGGACGUCCAACGGGGGCGUGCAGACCGAGAUCCUGGACUUCGCCGAGGGCACGGUCUUCCACCGCGACGCCUCCGUCUACUCGGUGUUCUCCGCAGACGCCCGCCUCGCCCAGGAGCUCAUCGACAGGAGCGCCGAGUUUCCGAAGCUCUGGAAUCGCCCAGCCCAGAAGAACCUCCAGGAUUUCACCGGCAACGGCCUGUUCACCAGCAGCGAGACCAGCGAGGACUGGCAGACCGGGCACAGUCUCCUCCCGCGCGGCUUCAACCAGAUCAAGGUGAAGGCAUUCGCGCCGCAGAUCUUGUCAAAGACCCGCGCCUUCGUGAGGGAGUGGUCGUCCCUCCCGGCCGGGCAUCUCGUCACAGACGUGAACGACUGGCUCACCGCGAUGACCGCGGACGCGGUGGUCAGCUGCAGCAUGGGCAUGGACAUGCGGAACGUUGAGCGGCUGGGCGCCGGGCAGCCUCCCCACCCCUUCGUGGACUCGUUCCGCUUCGGCCUCGGCUACUCCGGCGGCACCGUCACGCCGAAGAGCGAGUUCGGCCUGCGGCGGUUCGUUCCCUUCUUCGGGGCCGCGCGCCGCCUCAAGGACCGCUACGGCCUCCACAAGAAGAGGCUCGAGGACCUGGUGGAGGAGAUGGUGGCCUCCACGCGGCGCGGCGAGCUGGGCGGCCAGAACUCCAUCAUCCGCAGCAUGCUCGAGGACAGGGCCUCGUCCGGAAAGCACGUGCGGUACGGCGUGCUCUACGCCCACAUCAUCAACCUGAUGAUCGCCGGCCACGAGACAACUGCGGCCACCCUCGGCUUCACCAUGCAGCUGCUGGCCGAGCACCCCGAGUGCGAGGCCAGGGCGCUGGAGGAGGUCCGCCGGGUGCUGCAGGGGCGCACCGAGCCGGAGGCCGAGGACGUGCCCAAGCUGCAGUACGUGGAGCAGUGCUUCCGCGAGGCGCUGAGGCUCUACAGCCCGGUGACCGGCCUCACCAGGGACGCCGCGCAGGACACCCUGCUGAACGGCUACGCCGUCUACCAGGGCAGCCGGAUCACCAUGGUCACCCGCGCGCUACACACGAACCCGGAGUACUGGGGCGGAUCGUUCGGCGACCCGCUGAGCUUCAACCCAGACCGCUUCUCUCCGGAGGCCGUCGCGGCCCGGCACCCGAACGCCUACCACCCCUGGGGGUUCGCCACCCGGGCCUGCAUCGGGAGCCAGUUCGCGCUCUUCGAGGCCAAGACCUUCCUCGCGUCCAUGCUCAUCCACUUCAAGUGGGUGGGGGUCCCGGGCUACAAGCUGAGGGCCACCGUGGAGGCUGGGGGAGCCGCCCCCUCGGCGCACCACCUCGCUCUGCACAUCUACCCGCGGCCGGGGGGCCCCUGCUGCGGGCCGAGCGGGUCCAUGAAGGUUCUCGCGCCCUUGGAGUCCCCGGUCGCGCCACUGCAGCCGCCACCGGCAGGGAUGUCGGCCGCGCAGGGCGCCACGACGUCUUCGGCGGCGGGCGGCCCGAUGCCGGUGAUGAAGGUGUUGUACGGCUCGAACUCUGGGGCCAGCCAGGAAUUCGCGUCGCAGGUGGCCGCUGCCUCCCGCAAGCUCGGCUUCGACGCGUCCACGGCGACCUUAGACAGUGUGGUGGAGGAGAAGGGCAUGGUUCCCGACGGACGCGUGGUGGUGGUUGUCACCUCGACCUACAACGGUCUGCCGCCAGACAACGCGAAGAAGUUCAAGGCCUGGCUCCAGGGUCAGCAGUCAGGCUCCUUGGCUGGGCUGCGCUUCGCCACGUUCGGCCUGGGUAACUCACAGUGGCACACCUACCAGCAAUUUCCCAAGGAGGUCGACGCGGGCCUCACGCGCUGCGGUGCUCAGCGCCUCUUCGACCUGGGCACUUGUGACGUCGACGGCCCGUCAUUCGAGUCCGACUUCGAAGAGUGGCUCGAGGCGCUCAUGCGCGUGGUGGGUGGGACGUCUCCGAGCUCCAGCCCAGUCGCGGCGGCCGUUGAUGACAAGCACGACCAAGAGUUCGUGUUGCUGGGUCCUGGAGUGAAGUUCGAUGGGCCUCUGUACACCAGCAGCAAGGACCUGUUCCUGGAGCUCGACAAGGCAAAGGCCCGCAUCAAGAAGGACAGCCCUGCUCCGCACACCCUUCAGGCCGACUUCAAGCUCCACACGAUCCAGGCCGCCGAGGCGAGCCGGGAGCUGUGCCAGAACCCGGAGGGACGCAGCGUGCGCCACGUGACGCUGCGCCUCUCGGAGGAGCUCGGCGAGUACCGCGCGGGCGACCACCUCGAGGUGUUCCCCCCCAACCCCCUGGAGCUGGUCGUGAUGGCCCUGGAUGCGGUCGGCCUGUCACCACAGGCCGCGGUGGUGUGGGACCCCAGCGUGGGCGACCGGAUCAAGUUCGACCUGAAGGAGGGGAUGCAGGCGCUGCGCAAGCUCUUGCCGAAGUACUUGGUCACGGCGGAGCUGUUCAUGCAGUGGAUCCCGGACCUCGCCGCCGUACCCAACAGGAAGACGAUCGGCUGGCUCGCUGGAAAGCUGACGGACGAGAGUGCGCGCGGGCAGCUGCGAGCGCUGGGAGCGGACGCCAAGGCGUACAGCGAGAAGGUGGCCUCCCCGAAGCUCUCGCUGGCGGAGGUGCUGCAGCAGCACAAGGGCGCGUGGAGCCUCGCCAUCGGCGAGCUCGCUGCGCACGCAAAACUGCUGCAGUCCAGGUACUACAGCGUGUCCUCGAGCCCUGCGGGGGCCAAGGACAAGCGCAUCGUGACCCUGAGCGUCGGCCAGCUUGAAUUUAAGACUGGCACCGGGCGCCUGCACAGGGGCGUCGCUUCCACUGCGCUGGGCAACCUCGCCGCGGGCGACGUCAUCCUGGGCUCCGUCCGAAAGCUCUCGAGCGGCUUCCACGUGCCGGACGACCUGCUGGCGCCGAUGAUCAUGGUUGGGCCGGGCACUGGGCUCGCGCCGAUGAUGGGAUUCUUGCAGGAGCGCGAGCACCUGCUGAGGAGCGGCAAGAAGCUCGGCCCCGCCGUCCUCUUCUUCGGGUGCCGCAACAGCUCCCAGGAUUUCCUGUACCGCGAGGAGCUGCAGGAGUUCCUGAAGACUGGCGCCCUCACCGAGCUCCACGUCGCCGCCAGCCGGGAGGGCCCGCAGAAGGUAUACGUGCAGGACGUGAUCGUGGAGAAGUGCCAGGAAGUCUGGCGGCUGCUGCAGCACCCCAAGGCCGCGAUCUACGUCUGCGGCGACGCCCGCGCCAUGGCACCCGACGUCAAGAAGGCGUUCCAGCGCGUCGCGGAGCUCUGCGGCGGCCGGUCCACCGCCCGCGCUGCGGACCUGGUCGCGUCCAUGGUGGAAGGCGAGCGCUACCUCGAGGACGUGUGGGCGGCCUGA